ACUUCAGAAUCUUCAAAAACAUUCUUUCCGAAUAAUAAAUAAACAACAUAAUGACACAUCAUUCAUUGUGCAAGCGCCAAUUUAUGAUUGUGAUUUCCGCGAUGUUAAUCUUUAAAUUGGUUUUGAUAGUUCGUGCGGAUCAUUAUUAUGACAACAAUUUAGAAGAAUGGGAUAUGAAAGAUGAUGUAAGAGAAUGCAUUCCCACGUCGAUGUAUGGAUUAUUGGAACACGCUGAGAUUGAGCGGAGAACAUUAAUUAAAGGAAGUCAAACUUCAUUCAUUCCCUCUUAUUGUCAACGUAAAGUAGCUGAAAGAAAAUACGGUCGCAAACAUGGAAGAGAAAGAUUUAAGCGAACAAUGAAAGUUAAUGAAAAUAUUUUCCAUCUUGAGACACUUCACAGUUUACCAUUUGAUGAAGUUCGUCUUGCACAAGCAAAGUUAAUGAAACGAUACAUGAACACAUCAGUAGAUCCUUGUGAAGAUUUUUAUUCAUACGCUUGUGGAAAUUGGGCGAAAUAUAAUGAAAUUCCGAAGGAUAAAGUUGCAACAGAUACAUUUGAAAUCUUACGAGAAUCUCUUGAUGAAGCUUUGAAGAAUCUUUUGUUGGACGAUGUCAAAGAAGUUAAAUCACAUCGUAAGAAUAAUCGAAAGGCAAAUCGACAACAUCAAAGGCGAGAAGCUCAUCGACAACGUAGAAGAAAUGCAGAAAAUAAAGCGAAGAAUCUUUACAGUUCGUGUAUGAACUACGAAGUUAUUGAAAAACGAGGAAUUGAACCUUUAUUGGACUUAUUGGAGAAGUUUGGGGGUUGGCCGUUACUUGACGACUCCUGGGAUGAGAAAAGUUUUGACUGGCUUGAACUCACAGCUACUUUGCGACAGUAUAACAACGAUAUCUUGAUUGUUGAGUGGGUGGGCGCUGACAUUCAAAACUCAAACCACAAUAUAAUUCAAUUUGACCAAACGACCUUGGGGCUUCCGACACGAGAAUAUUUUCUGAAAGAAGUGAACAGGAAAUAUUUGGAUUCUUAUCGUAACUUCAUGAUCAAGGUCAUAACAUUAGUUGGAGGUGAAGAUGCUGAAGAUCGAGCUGAUGAAAUUAUAGAAUUUGAAACAAAUCUUGCAAAGAUCACGAGUGCGCAAGAAGAUCGAACAAAUAUUUCGAUUCUUUAUCAGAAGACGACUUUAAAUGAUUUGCAAGAAGAAAUUUCCGGUGUUGAUUGGAUUCGAUAUUUAUCGAUUGUUCAAGAACGUAUUGUAAUUCCAGAAGAGAAGGUCAUAAUGUUUGCAAAAACUUACAUGCAGAAUCUCGUGAAAUUAAUUGAUGAAACUGAACCGUCAACAGUUGCAAAUUAUUUACUUUGGAGAUUUGUUCGUCAUCGUAUCAACAAUUUGGACAACAGAUUUUUAGAAGCGAAGCAAACAUUUUACCUUGAAUGCUUUGGAAGGGAAAAGUCACCACCGAGAUGGAAAACUUGCGUCAAUCAAGUAAAUAGCAACAUGGGAAUGGCGACUGGAAGUCUUUUCGUUCGUAAAUAUUUCGAUGAAAAUAGUAAAUUCGACACAAUUGAAAUGGUCCAUGAACUUCAACAAAGUUUUCGAGAAAUUCUCAGCGAAACUGAUUGGAUUGAUGAGUCAACAAAACGUUUAGCUGAGAAGAAAGUGAAUGCGAUGUCACUUAAAAUUGGCUACCCCGACUUCAUUUUAUCUCAUCAGAAACUCGACGAAAAAUAUUCUGAACUUCAUAUUCACCCAGAAAAGUAUUUUGAGAACACAUUGAACGUUUUACGAUUCUUAAGUCGCGAAGAACAGAAGAAAGUCGGUCAACCAGUUAACAAAACUUUAUGGCAAACUUAUCCAGCGAUUGUCAACGCAUUUUAUUCUCGCAGUAAAAAUCAAAUCAUGUUUCCUGCCGGAAUUCUUCAACCGCCUUUUUAUCAUCGUCACUUUCCUAAAUGUCUUAAUUAUGGCGGAAUUGGAGUUGUAAUUGGACAUGAAUUAACGCAUGGAUUUGAUGAUAAAGGAAGACUUUUCGACAAAGAUGGAAACUUAAAUAAAUGGUGGAGCGAUCAUUCAAUCAAACAUUUUCAUGAGAGAACAAAGUGUUUAGUGCAACAAUACAACAAAUACACUUUAGCGGACAUUGGACAAGCAAUUGAUGGUGAAACAACGCAAGGUGAAAACAUUGCAGAUGGUGGUGGAAUCAAUCAAGCUUAUCGAGCAUACAAACGAUGGUUGAACACACGAGACAACAUGAAAACGAUAGACAACGAAAUUCUCCCUGAAUUGAAUCUAACGAUGACGCAAUUAUUCUUCCUCAACUUUGGCCAAGUUUGGUGCGGUGAAAUUCGAAGAGAAGCUAAUAAAAAUAAGAUGAAAACAGCUGUUCACUCACCAGGUCGUUUCCGGGUUAUUGGAACGCUUUCAAAUUUUGGGGAAUUCUCAAAGGAGUUCAAUUGUCCUUUAGGAUCGCCAAUGAACCCAAAAACAAAAUGAGACAAGAAGGAAGCUGCAAUAAUUGAAAAACGACGAAAAGCUGAAGAGCAGAGAAAACGACGAUUUUUUGAUGCUAAACAACGAAUUUUGGGAAUUGAUUCUGAUGAACUUGAUCGACAGUUGGCUGAAAAGGAACAAGCUUUGCAAGCUGAAAAAGAAAAAGAACGUCUGGUAGCUGAAGAGAUGAAGAGAAACAUUGAGAUUGCUGAAGCUCAAGAAAAAGAACUGCAAGACCAGAAAAGACAAUCGCAAAUUGAAUUGAACGAGUAUCGAAAAUUAUGUCAGCAAGCGAGAAAUUGCGAUAAUUUUGAUCUAAACGAUCCAGAAGGAAAAAAGAAAAGUCUUCCAGCUCGAUUAGAUGACAGCGAUCCAAGAUUGAGUAAGAGUGGCGGUCAAUUAUUUUUGGGUGAAGAUUUAGCUCAUAAAAAUCGCAUUCGUGAACAGAAAAUUCUCCAAAAGCUAUGGUUAGACCAACAGAUCAUGGAAAGGAAGAAUCUCGAAAUGAAUAUGAAGAGAGCUGAUCAAAAGAUGAAUGAGACAAUUUCGAGACACGACAUUUACUCGUGCAAUCAAUCAGAUCGCAUGUCAUCUGAGAAGAGAGAAUUGCAACAUCAAAUACGUGAAUACAAUGAAUCACUCGCAAAACAAAAGCGAGAAAACGAAAGAAAACGCAAGGAAAUGGAACAACAAGACAAUAUGGCUGAAAUUUACAAUUUCUUAUCAAGUGAUUUACUGAAAGAAACUCAACCAAAAGGCAGCAACUUGGGACCAAAUCGAUGCAUUCCCUACGCAUAUAAACAUAUGAAUGAAGAUCAAAUCGAGAAAUUUAAGAUGGAACAAGAAAAGCAGAAAGCUGACAUUAAUCGCAAACGCAUUGAAGAAGAUCAACAGAAGCAGCAGUGGAAACGUUUGUCUGAAGAAACUUAUCGUGAAAUGACGCUGAGAGAACGCGCACUUUCUCGUAAUAUUCGACAAAUGAAUUGCAAUUUACGCGAAGAAAAUGAAGAGUUAGCUAAGCAACAAAAGCAUAAAAUUCAAGAAUUCGAGAAUGUUAUGAAAGUUGGAUAUUUGACUCUUCCAUUAGAAAGUGAGGAAGAAAAUCUUUUAAACUUUGAGCGACAAACUUUAUUAAACGUCGAUGGCGAGAGAGAAGAAAGUGUGCGAACACUUCCAGCUCAUCAAAAAGUUGAUCAAGUGAUUGCACAGAAGAAAUCAACACGAUUUAAUCAGAUUAAAUUCACGUGGCUAAUGAUAAAAUGGCACAUUUUAAUAUUCAUAACACUUACAAGUUCGCUUUAUGCAAUUUUACAACUUGCACUCAAAACGUAUCAAAGGAAAGAUGUUUUAAAUGCAGUUGCGUUUCUUGGCGAUUGGAAGCAGUUGGUGUUUUUCCUAGUAAUUUAUCAAGGAUUUGCUUUCAAGAAAGUCUUCGAUAUUAAUAGUCACAUCCCACCAACUGAUAAGAUUGCGAACCUUUUAUCAAUUGCGACAAGGAAUAGUACAGUUCAAAAAGCGGUCAUGAAGUAUGUUACGACAUCAGUCGCAAUGGUCUUCAGUUUCCUUUCUCCAAUGGUUCUCAAACGUUUGCUUUGCUCUGAAGAGAAAUCUCGAGCGAAACUUGAGAUGCAAAGUAAACUUUUAAUUGAGAAAAUUGAAUCGAAACUAUUGAAUGUCAAUUCAAGUCAUUUCAUGCCAAUUAAAUGGGCAAUGCAUGUUGUUUAUGAAGCAAAUACAAGAAAAGAAAUUGAUGAUUCAUUAGUCAACAAAUUAAUUUCUGAAUUAAAUCAUUUGCAUGCUCAAUGUGAUCGCUUAAUUAACUUUAAACAUGAAACAUUCUCAUGGGGAUUGACAGCAAUGGUGAUGACAUCGCUGUACUCAUUUUUUGUCGUCGGGAUGUUAAGAUCUUUCUUUGAUAACUCUGGUUACUUUGGCUUCUCACCAGCACUUUUCUCUGCCAAUUUGGUCAUCUUCUUUUUCUUCUUGGUUGUUGUAAGAUGUGGAGAGCAACUUGUGCAACCCUACAACGAAGAUCAUGACGUCUAUGAACUUAAUCGAAUUUUAAAUGAAAAGAUUGAAGUUGCUUCGUUUAUUUUUGACAAUGAAUGUGAUUUGAGACAGAAAAUAAAGGAAAAUGAUCUUCUUCCAUAAUUGUCAUUUAUU